AUGCCGCGUACUCGGAUUACCAGUCAAACUAGUGGAGGUACACCUACCCACGGUACGGGUAGAGGCUCUAGUACCGCUUCGGCACACCCGGAGGAGAUUGAGUCUGGUCGUGGUAGUGCUGCUCCGGAGCCGCUUCCACAACAGCGGACAUUUAUUGGCAUCCGUGGCAAAGAUUUCAAUGACACCAAAGUGAUCCGUCGGAUCACCAAGAUCAACCGAAAGCUACUUGAAGGCCCAUGGACCAGUUGGGAAAAAAUCCCAAAGGACGUGAGACGCCGGAUGUGGGAGCGGUUCCAGGAAAUUCAAACCUUAAAGACCCAACUUAGAGACUUACAGGAACAAAGUCAGCGCCAACUUAGAGACUUACAGGAACAAAGUCAGCGCCAACGGAUGAUGGAGGAGGAUCGACGUUUGGCGGCAGAGGAGCGAUGGCGGGAAGCAAAGGAGCGACGUUUGGCGGCGGAGGAGCAAUGGCGGGAAGCAGAGGAGCGACGUUUGACGGAGGAGGAGCGACAGCGGGUGGAGGCGGAGCGAUGA